AUGUUGCUUGAUGCAUAUCAGUCACAGAUUCGAUUGUGGUACGAUUUUACAUGAAUAGAUAAAGUUUGUCUUUAGUAAACUUUUUUCCUUACUUUUAUUAUUAUCUUACGUCAUUUUCUUUUAUAUUUUCCUGCAGUGUGAGUGUGGAUACCCGGACAGAACCUGAAGCCAUACCAACGACCCCUCUCGGAAGCAUUCAUGAGUCAGAUGAUUUUCUUUCGCCAGGUUAGCGCUUAGACCAAAAAAUUGUUAGUGUGUGAAGCAUUCAUGAGUCAGAUGGUUUUCUUUGGCCAGGUCAAACAAUUGUCAGUGUGUUAAAAUGCAUCAACAUGUUAUUCUUAUGCUCCUUAUUUUUAAAUUUUGUUUUUGCAGUGUUGACCUCGACACCUGGGACACAAGCUAUGCAGGCUGGGACAAGCAGUUUUCCAUCACCAAGUAUGUUACUUGAAGAACAAGUAUAUUUUUUAUAGUUUGAUAAAAUCAAGUGUAGUUUCCUAAACCUGAUAUCCAUGAGAUAUAAUGUGUAGAUUGCACACAAUGUAUGGGUUAAUAAACCAACAAUAUACUGUAUCUACAAUGAUUUAUCCACCCACAUUCUUGUAUAGUUAUUGCUUCACACACAGAGUCAUUGCCUUGCUCAAGUAGAAGGAAUCUUCUACCUGAUAGUUCACCAUUAUCUUUCAAGUCUACAAGGUUUGUAAAGUGUUCUAUUGAAAGUAGUUUCUGUAAACAUUUAUUCAAAUACCCUGUCUAGAAAAACUUGAUAAAUAGUUGUCCCAAAAAGUCGAUAUAUUUUUCUUAUGUAUAUUCUAUUUUUUAAAUCAAAUAGAAGUGCUAUCAUGGAGGAUGUGACAUUCACUGCAAGCGAGGGUGACAAAAGCUGUGAUGAUGACACAACCCUGACAGCUUCAACUGUGCUGGGCAUGAAUGAAAGUGUUGAGUAUGUGAUCAUUUAAUUAUAACUGAAAUUUUGCACAUUGCAGAGUUUUAUCUCUCUACUCCUUAGUGGUUUGAAUAGAAUACCUUAUACCCAAAUUUAAAGUAAUUCCGUUUAAACACAUUUAAUUCACAGUACACUUAUGUUCUAUACCUAUUUUAAACCAAAUUGUAAUUUUUGGCCUCACAUGUUCAUUUUAGAUUGCCUCUGCUGGAAGUAUCCAUUGAGGAUGAUGUGUUCAACACUUCAAUCUAUGGCCACAAUGACGAAGUUCUGGCAGAUGAUGGAACUGAAGCAAGUGAUAGCACCGACAAAAUACCUGUAAUGACAGUACCUCCAGAUGAAGCUAUUCAAAUGGAGAAAUGUAUUGUUUUUACUGAUACUCUCAUGUCAUUGCUGAAGGAAUUACAUGGGAGAAUCUGUAAACGACAUGGCUGUGAUCAUGUCCUGGAUUAUCGCAAGACCGAUGUUGGUACAUGCCUUGUUGUUUCCUGGGGAUGCAGUGCUGGUCAUAAAGGAAGCAGAUGGGCAGCUCAACCCAGUUGUGAUUGUGAUAAGAUAAGAGCUGGGAAUCUCAUGCUUGCUUCUGCUUUGUUGUUGUCUGGAAACUCAUAUACUAAAGUGGGGUUAAUGUUCAGAUUCUGUAACUUGCAGUAUUUUUCUAAAACACUGUGUACUCAGUACCAGAGUCUGUACAUUUCCCCUGCUGUGAAUGAGUUCUGGGAACAACACAAGCAGGAGCUUUGGGCGGAAAAGGCUGGGAAAGAUGUUGUGCUAAGCGGUGAUGGAAGGAAUGAUUCUCCUGGGCAUUCAGCACAAUACUGCACAUACAGUCUAGCUGACAUGGAAGAUCAUACCAUAUUGCAAAUGAACAUCAUGGAUGUUAGGGAAGCUGCUGGAAAGAGCAACAAUAUGGAACGGAUUGGUUUCGAAAGAGGGAUGGAUAAGCUGCUUACAUCACAGAUGUCAGUAAAGGAAGUUGUAACUGAUGGUCACUUAGAAAUUGCAGCACUUAUGAGUAAGUACCUAUGCAUAAGACUGUUUAACCCAUUGAGCUACAAUGUGCCUGCACCCUACUUAUUUUUUUUACCUGUCUAACGCCAGACGAUUUUACUCAUCAAUGUAGCUUAAUGAGUUAAAUAAAAUAUUUCCCCAAUUGCGAGAUGUACCUUCAGUAGUUCAGUUACCCAGCCCUAUAGCAAUAAAGAACAAUAUGCCCAGCCAAUUUGAAAAAAAAAUGAGAUGAAAUUAUUUCUAGUAACUACUGUACUUCAUGUGUGUUCAUUUCUUAGAAAAAGCAGACAAGUAUAAAGAUAUGAAACAUCAAAAUGAUGUGUGGCAUGGAGGAAAGUCACUAGCAAAGAAGAUCAAUGCAGUAUGUUUGUGUACAGUAUAAAUGUAAAAAUUGAUCACAAUAUUUAAAGUUUGAACAUCAUAGGAAGUUUCCUACCAAAUUAGUGCAAGUUGUUGCUGAUAAGGUUGCACAAGGUUUGCGAGUCACUGCAUAAAAAACAUGUUUGGAAUAAAUACCUUACUUGUAUUAAAAUUCACACAGUACUAGAAUUUGCGCCGUGCUGGGUGCGCGAAUUUUAGUACUGCGCGAAUUUUAGUACUGCGUUUGGGUUAGUUACAUAGCCAUUUAACACCUCUUCUAUCUUGCAAAAAUGAUGUUAGGUCAUUUUGAUGGAUGGAAAAUAGUGCUAACCAAGCUUAGUCGUGUAAUAUCAGACACUCAUUUUUAGUAAUGCAAAUCAGUUGAUUUAUUAACUGAUUUUGCACUACUAUUUGCAUUGUGUUAUUGCAUGAAGAAAAUGUUUAGUUCUUGUUGGUAUUUUAAACUCGCGCUUUAUUGUUAUCGUAAAUUUUGCUUACUUACAAAUUUUGAAGCCAUUUUUGGGUGCACCUAAUUGCUUUUUCAUUACGUUUUGACAAAUAUUAAGGUGGCUCCCUACAGUUUAAAAUACGAUUUAUAUAGAUCAGACUUCAUCCUCGCAACCUGCACGUGGAAUCGUUGUCAUAUGUCGUUGUGUUCACUGUUUGGGCCGGUUCGUCAAAAAUAUUGAAACAAGCCGCGGGAAGUUUUUUUGACGUUUUUAUCUACAAAGAAAGCUCCAGUUUUUCAUUAUAAUCCUUUUUUUCUGAAUUCGAACAGUACAUAUGUUGUUAGCUAGUUUAACCUAUGUUUUAUUGUGUUUUUACGUAUUUACGUUCAGCAUUGUCUUUCGUAAUGCUCCAAAUUUUCAACUUGUUGUGUUGCGAACUGUCAAACUGAAAUGAUACUGUCUUCUGUUAUUAACUCUUGAAGAGUAGUGAACUGUCGCCGAAACUUAUGUAAGUCCUGUCAAUCAAUUCAAUUCACAGGUAUCGUUUUAUCUGCUAAAUCAAAUAAAACAGUUAUGAGUUGUAUUAUAAGAAAAGUUAAACUUGUAGUUCGAUGUUUUGAAACGUUUUCACACCGAUUUUAACAACAAAAACAAAUGUAACACUGGAUUUAAUACAAUGCGUAAUAGAGUUUUUAUUAUUAGUAUUUUCAAGAUUAAUAUUUUAUUUUCAUGUCUGUUUCCUUCGGGGGAAUAUUUUUUAAACUUUGUAUUUUUGUUGUACAAGACGAGUGGUACAACAUAUUCAAAUUUUAAGAAAUUCUACAAAUAACUUUUUCUGUAAGCAUCAUUCACAAAUAUCUCGAAAACUUGUUUGUAAACCUCCCUUCAAAUUUUGAUAUUUUUUCCUUUAUGGACCAUAAAUGUUCAAAAAAAAUUUCAGAAAAAUUCACCGAAAGAAAAUAUAGAUAUUGUCAAUUUAUUGUGAAAUUAGGCAAUAAAAGUGCAAAAGAUUAAACGUCGUGGUUGCCAUGGCAACACGAACACUGUUUUAAUUUGUUCGUAAAUGGACAGCGCACAGCGUCUGAACUUUCCUGGAAAUGAUCAUAUUGCCCUGUCUUAAGUGUAUUUAAUAUAAAUUCGGUUGAAAGCAAACGUUACUCAAAAUACCUAGAAUUGUAGAGAACUGUAGGGAACCACCUUAAAGUAUUUGUUGAUAAAAAAUACUCAUUACAAAUGUGUUAAUUGUUAAUAGUUCUUCUAUUAAACAAACCAAAAAGAACGAACAUGGAAAAUUACUUGCACAAAUUUAAAGCUGCACAAAUAAGUCUCAACAAGGUGCACAAAUUUAAAGCUGAGUGAAAAUGAGUAAGACACAAAUUUUAAUACAAGUAAGGUAUUUUGAUUAGCUAUCAUCAACAUGACUGAUAAAAUAAAUUGUUCACAAAUAUGUGUGUGUGGGUGACAGAAUUUCAGAAACAAGAUUCAGAAACUUCGUCCCAAAUAUUUGCAGCAAAGUCAGAAAUUUUGUACCGGUAUGUCAUGUUUUGCAAAUCACAUAAUAUUCUGUACAUUGUAUAUUCAUUAUUAGUCAUCCAAAACCAAAGCAAAUGAAGACCUGGCAUUGUGGGCACCAUCUUCUGUCUGCAACCAUUUUUGGUAUUGCUCAAAACAGUGUGAUAAAGAUGUCAAGAAUAUAAAG